CGUAUUUACAUGGUAUGCAUGGUUGUUCCCCUGAACGUUUUUAAAUAACUAAAGAAAAUAUUUGUUAAUUACUAUUUUCAUAAAAAACCAAAUUUUUUGUUAAAAAAAUUUUAGUUAGUGAAUCUGCUAAUUACAUUGCUGAGUGAAAAAUGGCUGUCCGUACACAUUUUGAGAGCAAAAAUGAAAUUGGAGUGUUUGCUAAACUCACUAACAGUUAUUGCCUUGCAAGUAUUGGAGGCUCAGAAAUAUUUUACAGCACAUUUGAAUCAGAACUGGCAGAAACCAUUCCUGUGGUGCAUGCUUCGUUGGCAGGCUGCAGAAUUGUAGGAAGAAUGUGUGUUGGUAACAAAAAAGGACUUUUGGUACCAAGCUCGACUUUUGACCAAGAACUACAACACUUAAGGAAUGCACUACCAGAUUCUGUAAAAGUACAGAGAGUCGAAGAAAGGUUAUCAGCCCUUGGCAAUGUGAUAACUUGUAAUGAUUAUGUUGCUUUAGUGCAUCCAGAUUUAGAUAGAGAAACAGAAGAAAUUAUAUCAGACACUCUGGGAGUGGAAGUUUUUCGACAAACAAUAGCAGGAAAUGUCCUCGUAGGUUCUUACUGUGUUUUGAAUAAUAGAGGGGCUUUAGUUCACCCCAAUACUAGUAUAGUUGAUCAGGAAGAGUUGUCUUCUUUAUUGCAGGUUCCUCUAGUGGCUGGUACAGUAAAUUGUGGUAGUUCAGUGCUUGGAGCAGGAGUCGUAGUAAACGACUGGUGUGCUUUCACAGGAAUGGAUACUACAGCUACAGAACUUGCUGUAUUGGAGUCAGUUUUUAGAUUAAAUGAGGCAGAACCAAGCAAAAUUACACAGGAAAUGAGGGCGAGUCUUAUAGAAGGAAUGUCAUAAAACAGUGAUACACUUUGACCAUGGUGGAAUGAAAUUGUCUCUUUAUCUUCUGUUUUAAAAGUAUGUUUUUAAGUAAAUAAAGAAAUUUUUAAAUAA